AUGGCUGAUCAGCUGACCGAAGAACCGAUUGCUGAAUUCGAGGCAGCUUUCUCCCUAUUCCAUAAAGAUGGUGAUGGCACCAUCACAACGAAGGCACUUGGAACUGUCACGCGGUCCCUGGGUCAGAACCCGACAGAGGCGGAGCUGCAGGACAUGAUCAACGAAGUGGACGCCGACGGCAAUGGCACCACUGACUUCCCAGAAUUUCUGACUAUGAUGGCUAGGAAAAUGAAGGACACGGCUAGUGAAGAGGAGAUCCGCGAAGCAUUCCGAGUCUUUGACAAGGAUGGGAACGGUUAUAUCAGCGCGGCGGAACUGCGCCACGUCAUGACAAACUUGGGGGAGAAGCUCACAGAUGAAGAAGUAGAUGAAAUGAUCAGAGACGCAGAUAUUGACGGAGACGGACAAGUCAACUACGAAGAAUUCGUACAGAUGAUGACCGCAAAAUGAAGACCUGCUUUCAGCUCCUGUUCCCCCUCUAGAAGAAUCAAAUUGAAUCUUUUACUCACCUCUUGCAAAAA